CCACAUCACCUUUAAAUAUAAUGUAUAUUUUACCCCGUCACAGAUUAUUUAAUAUUUCCUUCUCUUCUUCAGACAACAAUCAUUUGGGAUGCUCACACAGGGGAAGCCAAACAGCAGUUCCCGUUUCACUCAGCACCCGCUCUGGACGUGGACUGGCAGAGUAACAACACGUUUGCCUCCUGUAGCACAGACAUGUGCAUCCAUGUGUGCAAACUAGGCCAGGACCGACCCAUUAAGACAUUCCAAGGACACACAAAUGAAGUUAAUGCAAUCAAAUGGGAUCCAACUGGUAACCUGCUGGCGUCGUGUUCUGAUGAUAUGACUCUUAAGAUCUGGAGUAUGAAACAGGACACUUGUGUUCAUGAUUUGCAAGCUCACAGCAAAGAAAUCUACACUAUCAAAUGGAGCCCCACAGGUCCAGGAACCAACAACCCUAAUGCCAAUCUAAUGCUGGCCAGUGCUUCCUUUGACUCCACUGUUCGGCUUUGGGAUGUAGAUCGAGGCAUCUGCAUCCACACACUAACCAAACACCAGGAGCCCGUGUACAGCGUGGCCUUCAGCCCUGACGGACGCCAUCUAGCCAGCGGCUCUUUUGACAAAUGUGUCCACAUCUGGAACACACAGACUGGUGCUUUAGUCCAUAGCUACAGGGGGACGGGGGGCAUUUUUGAAGUUUGCUGGAAUGCAGCAGGAGACAAAGUAGGAGCAAGUGCGUCGGACGGCUCUGUUUGUGUAUUAGAUCUGCGGAAAUAGCGCUGCUUGCUGGAAGCCAUGGACCGACUAUGAAUGUGUACAUAGCCAAAAUGACUGUCCCUGACCCUCAAACUGCUACAGUCCCUGAACCAUGGCCAGCCACUACAGACAAACACAAGCACGCUGACGCCACAAGCCGAGCGGAGAGGAUGUGAUUCCAACCCGAGACAUUCAAAUGACUUUUGUAAGGUGAAAAAAAAAAACAAUAUAACAGAGGAAGAAAGAAAGAAAGACAAGAAGACUGUAUAUGUACCAAAUUUGGAAGAUAUUUUACUAUUUGUUCUUCAAAACCAAUCUCAUCGAAAUAAACGAACGAAAGGAUUUUAAUCUUUGUUGGUAGUUUCCGUUUCAGUGUGCAGACAUACCGUUUUCUCCCCCCCCCCCCUCUUUCUUUCGCACAUUUGAUUUGACGUCACAGCUGCAUGAUUCCAAGACUCACGGUUUCCUCCGUUUAACACAAGUACAGAUAUUUAGUCUUUUUGGUACUGGAUGUUUUGUGAUUUCAACAGUGUGGGGACAUGAGAAAAAAAAAAUCAAUAUUUUCCUUGUUCUUUGGUUUUCCUUUUUAUGCUAUUGUGUAACUGUAAUCUUCUCUUCCCCUCGAACCCUGCUUUCCCCCCAAAUGAGAGAUACAUUAACCACCACAACAACAACAAAAACAGGCAUGCACAUCACAGAAAAUGCAUCCGUUCACUCAUACUACUGUAUUUAGUUGGUAGACGUUCCCUUAAAAAGAACACCAACAAAUUUUGUUUGGCAAUCGUAGACGUGGUGUUCGAAUUACAGAAGUUUGACAUACAUGUGGGUUGGAAACAGAAAAACUUGCUUUAGAUUUGAAAUAUUUUAAAUUAAACCCAUCAGCAUCAUUUGUACUUUGUUUUAAUAAUUGGAUUAUUUACUAAAUUCAUUUUGUCUUUCAGUUCCAGUAUUUUUUUUUUGUUCUCUAUUAUGCUAAAUAUAAAAUUUAAGCAUUUUUUGUUGGAGAACCCAAAACCUAAAGCAAGUCUGUUGACAGAACAUUGAGCAAACAUUGGAGAGACAUUAUUUUAGUGCUUUUGGGGUUCUCUGCACUGACAUUUAAUGGGAUGCUGAUGUUCAUUUACAGUAAUGGCCUGCAUGAGGACAGUCUGUACUAAUGUGCUUUGUUUUUCUCCGUGUUUAGACAUCCAGUGGGAAAAAAAAGUCACAGACCCCAAGAGUGCAAAAGUCUCUCUGAAUUUUUUUUUUUUGUCCCUCACAGAGAUAUUUUAGGCUAUAACCUUGCAUUUAAACCAAGGUGUCGUAUUUAAAGAUUUGAAACGGAUUAAAAAAAAAAAAGUGGAAAAACAUCUGAACACUAUUUAUUACAGCCUAUGACAACAGAAGGGUGUUUGAGUCGUCCCUUUGCCCCAGCGUCUGCCUGCUCACAACAACCUUCAGUUCCUCUGUCGUUUCGAAUCAUUAUUCUUACUGCAUCUGUGUCUCCUGGACUUUUUGUACUCUUUUAAAAAAAAAAACUUUUGUAAUGCAUAUUUCUUUGUAGCUAUAUAUAUAUAUAUAUAUAUAUAUAUAAAAAUAAAAUAAAAAGAGUAAAUACGCAAAAAAAAAAAAAAGAGGGAGAAAAAAGAAAAUCCCGACAAACUACUGGAGGUGGGUUUGAGGGUGUACAGCUUCGACCUCAGUUCUGCUCACUCUUGAGUUCUCAGAUGUCCCCACACCUGAUCUUUGUUUCCCCAGUCAAAUGUUUUUGGUUGCAAAAAUUCCCCCUGCAUUGCAUUGAUCUGUUGUCAUUUAAAUCAGAUCUGGAGUCCAAAAUAAAGUAUAUUUUGAUAUUA